AUGGAAUCUUCAUUAAUAACAAUAAAACAAAAUACAUUUCCAUCAGAUUUAAAUCAAUUAAUUGCUGAUAUUCGAACCCAAUUACCAACACAUAUUCAUUAUAAAACUACUACUUCAAUUGAACAAGGAAAAUAUGCUAUGGCUGAAUGCAUUGUAAUCUUUUCUCAAGGAAAUAAUUUCGAUGUACAUGCUGUUGAUAAUAUAACAUGGAAAAGAAUUACUUUAACAUUUUAA